UAAACAGGAACUGUCUCUUGUACUUAGUCUAUAAGUAUCUCUGCUCUAUUUACUUCAUAUAUCCUGUAGUAACGUUCAUUUCUUAUUGAUGGUCAAUGAUGGACAGUAUGUCAUUCAACUCUACAGACUUUGUUCUAACUGGAGAUAUCAACAGUCCUACUUAUGCAGCAGCUCUUGGUAUUGAAGGAGUCAUUGGUAUAAUAGCUAAUGUAGCAGUGUUAUUAAUGACACUGUAUCAAAGGAAAUCCUGGAAUCAGCCAUCAACAAUAUUCUUCACUUCUCUCCUACUGUCUAGCCUCAUUAUUGCUCUAGUGUAUUUGAUGUCUUCUUUUGCAGUAGGAGCUGAAGAAUGGAUCUUUGGGAACACUUUUGAGGAAAAGAAUGGAUCAUGUAUCUUUUUUGGAUUUUUCCUUUAUUAUGGUGGUAUGCUUAAUGCUGCAACAUUAGCUGUUAUAUCUUUUGAUCGGUUUCUGUUUAUUGUCAAGCCUCAUCUUCACAAGCAGUUCAUGAGACCACGAGUAGCUCUGAUCCUGAUUAUUGGUGUGUGGUUGCUGUGUUCACUAAUAAAUACUAUACCAUUCUAUGGUUUUGGUGUGUUUGGAUAUCUUUAUGAUAAUGGUGUUUGCUCAUUAAUCUAUGAACAUUCAGGCUUGUAUCUUUUAGUUCUUUUAGUAGUAUAUCCAAUGAUUUAUUGUAUAAUAGCAUCUACAUCUAUUUGGACAUUCUUCUUCACUCGUAGCUUCAUAAAGAGGCAGGGUCGAUCAGUUGAUAGUGGUGUAUACCAGUCUAAGAAUAAGAAGUUGUUUGGUAUAUUUGGAUCAAUGCUUCUGUCCUACAUCCUGACUUUACUUCCAUCAUAUUUUGUUGCUCUUCUUGUUUUUAUUUUUGGCCAGUUGGACAGUGCAUUUGCAUUUGGUAUUGGUACAUAUGGAUUGAUCUCAAUAAUGAAUCCUCUCAUUCAAUCAUAUUUUAGGCCAGAGAUAAAAGAGACUUUAGUCCUUUUUGCCAAAAAAAUUGGAUUAAAAUCAAAUAAGAUACAUCCAAUUGAACCACAAGUCGCUGUCACGGCUGAUUAACUUCUUUUAGUCUGAUUAACUUCUUUUAGUCGUUACUGAUCAGUUCAGUAUUAAUUUGUUUAUUGUUAGAGAUAGUGUCUUUUACAUAUUGUUCCUGUUAAUGAUAAUCAG